UUGCUGCGCAGGAAGCUGAGAAUAAAAGCCUGUUGUUGUUUUCUUCCAGCCAACCACGCAGCAGUCGGCUCAGGAUGAACAGGAGAAGCUUCUGGAUGAAGCCGUCCAGGCUGUCAAGGUUCAGUCCUUCCAGAUGAAGCGAUGCCUGGAUAAGAACAAACUGAUGGAUGCUCUGAAGCAUGCCUCCAACAUGCUGGGUGAGCUGAGGACCUCCAUGCUCUCUCCAAAGAGCUACUAUGAGUUAUACAUGGCCAUCUCUGAUGAGCUGCACUAUCUGGAGGUUUAUCUGACCGACGAGUUUGCCAAGGGACGCAAGGUGGCGGAUCUGUACGAGCUGGUCCAGUACGCCGGGAACAUCAUACCCAGGCUCUACCUGCUGAUCACAGUGGGCGUGGUCUACGUCCGCUCCUUCCCUCAGUCUCGUAAAGACAUCCUGAAGGACCUGGUGGAGAUGUGUCGCGGGGUCCAGCACCCACUCAGGGGUCUGUUCCUGAGGAAUUACCUGUUGCAGUGUACCCGGAACAUCCUACCUGACGAUGGAGAGCAAGUGGAGGGGUCAGAGGAGAUGACUGGAGAUAUUAAUGACUCCAUCGACUUUGUCCUCCUGAACUUUGCUGAAAUGAACAAACUGUGGGUUCGAAUGCAGCAUCAAGGUCACAGCAGAGACCGAGAGAAGAGAGAAAAAGAACGACAGGAGCUUAGGAUCCUGGUGGGCACCAACCUGGUUCGCCUCAGUCAGCUGGAGGGCGUCAAUGUGGACAAAUUUAAACAGGUUGUCCUUCCUGGCGUGCUGGAGCAGGUUGUGAAUUGUAGAGAUUCGUUGGCUCAGGAAUACCUCAUGGAGUGCAUCAUCCAGGUUUUCCCCGAUGAGUUCCACCUUCAGACGCUGAAUCCUUUCCUGCGUUCCUGCGCUGAGCUGCAUCAGCACGUCAACGUAAAGAACAUCAUCAUCGCUCUGAUUGACAGACUUGCUCUGUUUGCUCAUAGAGAAGAUGGUCCAGGCAUCCCGGCUGAGAUCAAAUUAUUUGACAUUUUCUCUCAACAAGUUGCCACCGUCAUUCAGUCCCGCCAGGACAUGCCAUCAGAGGACAUCGUGUCUCUACAAGUGUCUCUCAUUAAUCUGGCCAUGAAGUGCUACCCUGAGCGAGUCGACUACGUGGACAAAGUUCUGGAAAGCACAGUGGAAAUAUUUAACAAGCUCAAUUUGGAACACAUAGCGACCAGUAGUGCCGUGUCCAAAGAACUGACCCGUCUCCUGAAGAUCCCAGUGGACACCUACAACAACGUGCUGAUGGUGCUGCAGCUCAAGCACUUCCCGCCACUCUUCGAGUACUUUGACUUUGAGUCCCGUAAGAGCAUGAGUUGUUACGUCCUGAGCAACACGCUGGAGUCCAACACCAUCAUCGUUUCACAGGAACAGGUGGACGCCAUCUUAAGCUUGGUCUCCACACUGAUCCAAGACCAGCCGGACCAGCCAGCGGACGAUCCUGACCCGGAGGACUUUGCCGAGGAGCAGAGCCUGGUUGGUCGCUUCAUCCACCUGUUCCACUCUGAGGAUCCUGACCAGCAGUACCUGAUCCUUAACACGGCCCGGAAACAUUUUGGUGCUGGGGGGAACCAGAGGAUCCGCUACACGCUGCCUCCUCUGGUGUUUGCUGCCUACCAGCUGGCCUUUCGGUACAAAGCCAACGCCUCGGCGGACGACAAGUGGGAGAAGAAAUGCCAGAAGAUCUUCUCCUUUGCCCACCAGACCAUCAGCGCUCUCAUCAAGGCCGAGCUCUCAGAGCUGCCUCUGCGGCUCUUCCUGCAGGGGGCGCUGGCCGCUGGUGAAAUUGGCUUUGAGAACCAUGAGACCGUGGCGUACGAGUUCAUGUCGCAGGCCUUUUCUCUCUAUGAGGAUGAGAUCAGUGACUCCAAAGCCCAGCUGGCAGCCAUUACCCUGAUCAUCGGCACCUUUGAGCGGACCAAAUGUUUCAGCGAGGAAAACCACGAGCCUCUGAGGACUCAGUGCGCUCUGGCUGCCUCAAAGCUGUUAAAGAAGCCGGAUCAGUGCCGGGCCGUCAGCAUAUGCGCCCAUCUGUUCUGGUCGGGUCGCAGCACCGACAAAAACGGCGAGGAGAUCCGGGAUGGGAAGCGGGUGAUGGAGUGUCUGAAGAAGGCCCUGAAGAUCGCCAACCAGUGCAUGGAUUCCUCUCUGCAAGUCCAGCUGUUCAUUGAGAUCCUGAACCGAUACAUCUGCUUCUACGAGCGGGAGAACGAUGCGGUGACUCUCCAGGUUCUAAACCAGCUGAUCCAGAAGAUCAGGGAAGACCUUCCCAACCUGGAGGCCAGUGAAGAAACGGAACAGAUCAACAAACACUUCAACAAUACGCUGGAGCAUCUUCGCCUGCAGAGGGAGUCUCCAGAGUCUGAGGGGCCGGCUUAUGAGGGUCUGGUCCUCUGAAGCAGCCCCGUCUGGGCCUCCGUCACUUUUCCACGGCUUCCUGGAACCUCACUAUGGGGGAGGAGGGGGAGGCUGGGCCACUUCUUCAUGUUGUCGUGUUUCCUGCGCUUUAUUUACCGUUUCUCAUGUCUCUGUUUGGUGCAGCUGGAGUAGAAAUAUGUCCUUCCUGCUAAAAGCAUUGUAGCUCGCCCUCUGCCUGCAGCGCUGCCUGCAGCAGCGGGACUCACCCAGCCUGACGGGUUUAACUUCUAGUCACUUAGAGCAGCAGAGCGUAACGCCUCACAUGACAUGAACCCAACUGGAAAUGUAAGCAGACUUUCACCCAGUGAGCUAAUAAAUGAAUCUAUAAAUAAA